UUUAUGUGUGUGGGAGGUGUGUGUAGGGGGGGGGGAUUACCAGUGGGGCCUAAUACAACUCAAUCUGAGAGAUUGCUGAUUAAAGGGCUAGUAUGUUCUCGUCUGCAGGUGGUGGUACCACACUGCAUAUUGUUGCACAUACAAAGAUUGCUGAACUAUGCAGAUGACUCCUGGUGGACACCCAGGCACACUUCUUCAUUGUGAUUCUAAAAACAUUUGCCUGCACUGUCAGGAUCCUGCAGUUCAUUGGCUGCUAGUGUCAUAAUCUUCUCAGGGGUCUGAGGUGUAUAAGAGCGCUUCACUAAACACAUCAUGCAACAGCAGCCCUGAUCUGUAUAACAUGACCAACAAAGAUACACAACACAAGUGUUCAAACAACAGAAAUAUGAAUGUGGAUGUGGCCAAACCUGAAGCGAAGACUCGAAACAAAGCUCCUCUCAGAGCCACCGGCCCUGGAUCUGGCCCGCCCAAGUUCAAACAGAGGAACGGCCGCCAAUUCAAGAGCAAACCACCAAAGAGGGGCGUCAUUGGCUUUGGAGAGGAGAUCCCAGGAAUGGAAGGGCUUGGCAUUGACAUCACAAUAAUCUGCCCAUGGGAAGCAUAUAGCCAUCUAGAGCUACAUGAACUCGCUCAGUAUGGCAUCAUCUGA